AUGGAGUCAAAGCUCGAGGCCGACCAGUAUUCCACACCUGAGGAGUUCAUCAGGGACGCCAAGCUCAUCUUCACAAACUGCCGCCGCUACAACCCGGAGAACACGCCCUACGCCAAGAGCGCAAGCAAGCUCGAAAAGUACAUGUGGAAGCAGAUCAAGGGCUGUACCCGCAAGUGGUCGUACCUCGAGCCUUGGGAGAGUUAUGCGCCGUUGCAGGUCUCGGAAGACAUGUACAGGAAUAAGGACAAGGCGCGGAAGCCGGUGCAGGGUUGCAAGAUGGUUUGA